AUGUGUGUGUUUCAGAGUCAACCCAAGGACAUGGUGACUGACUUCGACGAGAAGCAUGAUGAACAUUUAGUAUUGCUUCAGCAGAGAAACAGGAUUUUGAGGCGUCUCCAGAGGAAAGACCCCAUCCAGGUGAAGCUGGAGCAGCUGGAGCAGGGCUUUACUCUGUAUGUGAACGGAGCCCAUUCAGAGCCGAGCACCUGCCGCAAGAAGGUCAGCUUCCAGUACGCUUCCAGAAGUGGUACGCGAACAGCAAGGGCAAACGAUCCCGGCCCGAGAGCUCCGUUGACCAGAGGAGACGCAGAAGGAAGGAACACAUGGAGUGCCCCAAGUAAAAUCCAGCGCAGAGAAGGCCCCUGGCUUCAACCCGGGUGGAUGGGGUGGAGGGCCGUACAGAUCAAAACAGAAAGUGGAUCUAAGCUCUACGUCGCCCCUCCGGCAGAGUACUCGGAUGAUUUUGAACCUGAGGACAGCCUCGACCUGGAGUCAAGCGACUGUGAACAGAAUGGCCGCUCUCAGGGCCCCAAAUCUCCUAAGGACACUGCCUCCAGUGCCUCCGUUCCAAAGGCAGAAGUAACUGUGGGUGAGGAUGCCGGCAGGGAAGGCCUGCUUGUCGGCCUCUGUGAGGAACUCCAGCAGAGCUUGAAAUUGGAUGUGAGCCGGGAAAGCAUGGAAGAGGACUGCGUGGGCUCUGCCCCUCUGGACUUGAGUGGCGGGGAGGACUCCGACUCUGUGGAAGAGGAGGUGCCUGCUCAGCCCUCUGUUACGGAAGAGCCAGUUGACACUUCCCAGGAGAGCCCCGAGUCCUUUCUCCUCCGGGCGGCUGCAGCCGCCUCUCUCAUUGUGCUGGAAUCUAAGGCAACCCCUCCAAGCUUGAAGAAGGAGCGAGUGCUUUCUGCCAGAAGGAGGGAGAACGCGGAAGCCUACAUCCCGACCAAGCCCGUGAUGGUUAAGAGCAAGCCCAUUUGUCCCCUCUCUGCUGGGUGUCUGAAGCAGGAAGAACAGGAAGCAGCCCCCACCAGGCCGGCCAGCCGCUCAGAAAGGCCUCUCUCCGCCACUCGCAAGAACGUGUGUGAGAAGAAGGACCCGGCGCACUCUGCCUCCCUCGUCCUGAAAGCCGUGCGAGUGGAAAACGAGGCCCUUCCGAAGGAGCUCCUCUGCCGGCGCCAGGAGGAGGUGUCCUCUGUGAGCCCCCAGCCGGAGCAAGCGGCCCCCGCGGAGGGGCCAUCACCGUCUGCUUCUGCAGCCUCCGAGGCUCCCCCGAAGCAACCGGAAGGAAGAGACCUCUCCACGGCUGUCGACCGGAUCGGCCUCUUGGGAAGCAGACCUCAGAAGAAGCUUCUGGAGGUGCUUCCGGAGCCGGAGAGCCCAUCAUUGGCCUGCCGUGACGCUGCAGCUCCAGGUCCCGUCCAGCCGGAGCCGCAAGCGGUGGUACGAAAUCAGGUCUCCGUUACGGAAGGGCGCAGCUUGGGCCAGCCGGAGUCAGGGGGGCGAGACGUCCGGGAUGCCAUCUACGUCACCCUGGAGGUCCUCUCCAACUGGGGGGGCGCCCCGAGGGUGGGGCUGGCGGAAGUGGAGUUCUUCGACCUGCACAACAGGAAGGUGUUUGUGUCUCCCCACGACGUGGACAUCAGGCACGCCGACUCGCCCGGAGACCUCUGCUGCUUGGUCAACAGGAACCUGCGCGCCAGCAGAGACCCUUCCUCUUGGGCAUGCCCUUUCCAGCCGCCCGUGCAGCUCUACUUUGUGCUCCGGAACCCCAGCCUGUCAGGUGACUUCGGGCUCUCCAGGAUCAGGAUUUGGAAUUACUGCACGCCCCUCCUUGGCGAUCUAGACGUAGGAGCCAGAAGCGUCACUGUCUACGUGGACGGAAACCUGGUCUUUGCCGGCGAGUUGCCAAAAAGCCGUGGAACGACUGAUCCAGAGGACAGCACCACCAUCGACCUCCAAAAGAGCAGUCCCCUUCCCCCUGAGCAAGGGGAUGGCAGGCUUUGGAGUGAGCAGCCGGGCAAGCUGUUGUUAAACCCGAACUCUGCUGCCGGGGGAAAUCGCCCCGAGGGAACGGUGACUGCCCUCGGCCUUGCUGAGGCAGAAGGAUGUCCCCCAGUGCCUUCAGACCCUGCUUCCAUGGAACAGGUUAAGAGCUCUUCCUCUCCAGAGAUCCCAGAGCUGGUCCAUUCCGAGGAUGAAUUGUCUCUGAGCGAGCGAAUGGACAGACUCUCUGGCAGGAAAACGACUCAGAGGGUGCCCUCUCCCUACGCAAAGAGCGAAUCCUGCUCUGGAACGGAAAAGCUGCCUUUGUGGCUGGAAUCGGAGCCUCCUUUGGACUUCAGCGAGAACAGGAGGGGGGUCUCCCUAGAAGCGGCAGGCGAGAACCCCCGUCUCCGUCCGGCUGCGCCUGAGAGAGGCGGCAGUGGGGGUGCAGGCGCCGCCGUGACGCUACCACCAAUAGGAAGAGGGGAGUCCGCUGCCGACUCGGGGUUUCUGAACCUGCUCUCCCGCAAGUGCAGUGGAACACCUGAGCAUGUUCCCCCCGGGAGGAGGAGAGGGAAGGAAGGAUCCGGCAAUGACUGUGGUGGAGAUGACACUCCCCGUGACAGAGAGACGCCUCCCUCCUCCUCCUCCUCCUCCUCCUCCUCCUCCUCCAAGGGCGCGAGGAGGGCCUCUCGAGCCAAGUGGAGCAGUGCCCAGGAGCACGCGCUGCAGGAGUCGUGGAAUUCCCUCCUGAGGUUCAAUCACUCUCACCGCGGCCGGCUCUCGAACAUGGACUUCCAGGGCGACAUCCUGGACGAAUUCCUCCAUCAGCAGAAGAUCAGCCGGCAAGGAGAGAACCCCCUGAGGGCGAAGGAUCCCGGUGCCGCCCUUGUGCCAGCGCCGGCGCUGCCAGGAGAAAAGUGCCCGGAGCUGGAGGAGGGGAGCGAGUUCCGGAUCCCGGUCUUGCCUUACGGGCGGUGCCUGAGAAUCGACAUCCAGUCGACCUGGGGAGACCGUCACUACGUGGGCCUUAACGGGAUCGAGCUGUUCAGCUCUGAAGGGCAGCCCAUUCAGGUGGCCAGGAUCAGAGCCGACCCGCCGGACAUCAACGUCUUGCCAGCCUACGGCCAAGACCCCCGGGUGGCGGCCAACCUGCUGGACGGGGUGAACAGGACUCAGGACGACAUGCACCUCUGGCUGGCCCCCUUCACCCCCGGCAAGUCCCACCACCUCUGCCUGGACUUUGUGGAGCCUUGUGCGGUGGCCAUGAUCCGCCUCUGGAACUACAACAAGUCUCGCAUCCACUCCUUCCGGGGCGUCAAGGACAUCGCCAUGCUUCUCGACGAGCAGUGUAUCUUCAAGGGGGAAAUCGCCAAGGCUUCAGGGGCCCUCUCUGGAGCUCCAGAGCAAUUUGGAGACACCAUUUUGUUCACAACUGAUGACGAUAUUUUGGAGGCCAUAUUCUGUUACGACGAGACCUACGCCGAGGAAGCCAAGAGCGUGAGCAGCCUGCGGUACGAGGAGGAACUGAAGAGGCCGGGGACUGCCGACGGGGAGGGGGAUGAAAGGCCCUUCACGCAAGCCGGCUCAAGGGCCGAAUGCCAGCAGAGCCAAGAGCCAAGCUCCGUGCCAGAGUCCAUCCCAGAGACGGUGGCCAAGGAUCCCGGAGUCUACACCGGAAAGUGCCUUCUGCUGAACUUCACAGCUUCCUGGGGAGACUCGCAUUACCUCGGACUGACGGGGCUCGAGGUGGCCGGGGAGGGAGGGCAGGCUCUGCCCUUGACGCCGGACCAGCUCUCGGCCUCCCCUCGAGAUCUGAAUGACCUGGCAGAAUACUCGGAGGAUUCCAGGACCUUGGACAAGCUGAUUGACGGGAUCAACAUCACGAUGGAAGACGACCACAUGUGGCUUAUUCCCUUCAGCCUCGGCGAAGACCACCGGCUCCUCAUCCAGUUCUGCAAAGCGGAAAGCAUCACGGGGCUCCGCAUCUGGAACUAUAACAAGUCUCCCGAGGACACGUACCGAGGGGCCAAGGUGGUCCACGUGUCGCUGGACGGCGUUUGCAUCUCCCCCCCAGAGGGCUUCCUCAUCCGCAAAGGGCCCGGCAACUGCCACUUUGACUUUGCUCAGGAGAUCCUGUUUGUGGACUACCUGCAGGGCCUCCCCGCUGCUCCAGCCUGCGAGAGACUGGAAAUGAAGAAGACGGAACAAGCGAGCAUGGACUAUGAAGCUCCCUUAAUGCCUUGUGGCUUCAUCUUCCAGUUCCAGCUUCUAACGAGCUGGGGCGAUCCGUAUUAUAUUGGUCUGAACGGACUGGAGCUGUAUAACGAACGGGGAGAGAAGAUUUCUCUCAGUGAGAACAACAUUGCCGCUUUCCCAGACAGCGUGAACAUUCUGGACGGCGUCUGUGAAGACAUCCGGACCCCAGACAAACUCAUUGACGGGGUGAACGACGCAAACGACGGGAGGCACAUGUGGCUGGCGCCAAUUCUUCCUGGCUUGGUGAAUCGGGUGUACGUCAUCUUCGAUCUUCCUACGACGGUCUCCAUGAUCAAGCUGUGGAAUUAUGCCAAGACUCCGCACAGAGGCGUGAAAGAGUUUGGACUCCUGGUGGACGACUUGCUUGUCUACAACGGGAUCCUGGAUAGGGUGAGCCACCUCAUCCACGGCAUCCUCCCAACCUGUGAGCCGGUCGUCCCGCAUCACACCAUUCUCUUCACGGAGGAUGAGAAGAUCUGCGGCCGAGAGAAGAACGCCGUCCUCAGCAAUCACAUUGAAGAUCAGGACGUGCGGCUGAUGGACGACAACCAGGUGGUCGCCUACUCCAAGAAGAGGCAGGUGGCUGCCGACCCAGGCUCCUAG